AUGUAUAGCUAUAAAGCCAAAUCUAGUCUAGAAAAUCGUUUUUCCAUUCUCGGUAAAGACAUCUCAAAUGACAUCGACGUGUAUGACUUGCCAACACCGCCCAAAAAUGGACUAAAUACUCCACCAACUGAGGGUGCGACCAGUGAGCUCUUAAAUGCAUCGUCUGGUACGACAGCUUCAACAACGACAACACCGUCACCCACUCACACAUCUAAACAACACUAUGGAAGGGAAUCAAGUUGUUCUCCAACUAAAAAAAAGAAUCAUAAAAAUGAAAAUAAUAAUCAUCAGAAUGAUAUUAAUUCCAUCGAAAGUAUAUCCGACAAUACGAAAAUACCCAGUAACGAUCUGGAAUGGAUAGAUGAGUUACUAUUAGAGCGAAAUGGCAAGGAAAUGUUGAAUAAAAAGAAAAAGAAGAAGAAGAAAAUCUCAACAACGAAAGAAUUAGACCAACUAGAUGGUGUAUCCAGCAAGCACAAUAAUAAAGACGAUCUGGACGUUGAGGAUGAGAAGGUGGUAAAGUGUCUAUAUUACACAUUAAUGUGCUGCGAAUGUACAAUAUCUUAGUUAAUAAUAUGCAGAAAUGCAUUAUUGCCGCCACGGGAGAUCAGGAGUGACAAAAUAUGGGAUACACAUACAAAUGUAUGCAUUUAUAUGAAAAAUAGUUGGCUUUUAUACACUUUUAAAAAUCAAAAUAUUUUAAGGAACGAGUCUGUCCACUUUGAGAUACAUACAUUAUAGAUGAUACUAAUAGAAUACUAAGAUUAACUUGUACUGCUGAAUUACUUAAGGGAAUUUGCCAAUUGUUAACAAAAUAUUCCUGCGAUUAGAUAGUGUAACUAUAAAAUACAUAUGCAUGUAUGUACGUAUUUACUUAAGUGAUCUAUGUAUGUAUAUGAAUAUACAUUCUUAACCUUAAAU